AUGCAGAUCGAUGGUACCGUUGCACGUGAAGCAUUAGUUCAACUAUUGUUUGAAAAUCGAACAGAAGAUUCGACGAUCGACAAUGUCACUGAACGACAGACGCCGCAAACCAAACGACGCAAAGUGGCACCACGAAUCGAUCUACUUGACAUUACCUUUCCAAUCCAGAUCGGUUCAGCCUGGUCCGAUUUGCUCAAUGAUUGUGGACCCUUGAGCGUUUUUGAAAAUCAACUGAACACACUUUGGUCGGUCGAACCCUUCACCAUUGCCGAUGAGCGUUUCAUUAAAGCCCAGCUGACGUUUGCCUCAUUGAACGGCGACGACGGUGACAAUGACCAACGAGCUACUGCCAUUGCGGAUAAUGAAGUGUUGGUAUAUGCGGCACAGCCAACGGCCAAUGGUAAUAAUAGCGACAGCAACAACAACAACAACAACAACAACAACAACAACAACAACAACAACAACAACAACAACAACGUGUUUCUGGAGCUUGCGCGUGCUUGUCAUUCUCAAGUAGUGCAUACGUCGGUUCGUAUCCAUGUCAACGGCAUGCAUGUCGAAGCGCGUAUGAGCGUGUAUGCGGAACUUGACAGCCGAGUGCUAGGCAGCAAGGCAUUUUUCAAUCUCUUUGACCUCCUUUAUCCGUCCAAAAUUGCUGCGCCUACCAGCACAACCGUAGACGAUUUCUUCCGCCAUUUACAGCCGCAAAUUUGCAACGAGUUUCUUCCUGCGUAUCAACCAGAAGCACUGCUUGCUAAACUGGCACCUUUCCAAACCCAGAAUUUGCAGUGGAUGGUCGAACGUGAAGGGCACAAAGCUGUCAAUGGUCAGAUCCGUACGCUUGAGGAAAACAAUGCGCAUGAAAUAUUGCCAUUUUUAUGGGAAGAGGUUACCCUUCAUUCUGGUCAAACAGUUUUUGUCAAUCGACUUUCACGCGAACUACUUGCCGAACCAACGCCUGCUUUUGCGUUUGCCAAAUCAUUGACCAGAAGUGGUGGUGUACUGGCUGAUGAAAUGGGUCUAGGCAAAACAGUAUGUGCUAUCGCGCUUAUUCUCCUGCACAAACACAAUCGAUUUGAUCCAAAACAUCCAAAGGAUGACAGUGUCGAGGGACUGAUCACAUCGGGCGCCACAUUGAUUAUUACUCCAUCAGCCAUUAUCCGUCAAUGGGAAUCUGAAAUUAACAAGCAUGCACCCUCACUUCGUGUAAAAACGUAUAAGGGCAUCAAAGCUUCUGGCGAUAGACAAACGGUCACUGCAAAUGAGCUGGCUCAAUAUGAUGUAGUAUUGACUGACUACAAUGUCUUGAAAGAAGAAAUACAUCACGCCCGAGCAAUUCCUGAUCGUGCACGAAGACAUGCUGCGAAGUAUCCUCCCAAACGAAGUCCACUCGUAGAGAUUUUGUGGUUCCGAGUCAUGUUGGAUGAGGCACAAAUGGUAGAGUCCACAACGGCUAUGGUGGGCCAAAUGGCACGGAUUAUUCCACGAUGGUAUUCCUGGGGAGUGACUGGCACACCCAUGAAAACCAACUACGAUGACCUGGUUGGAUUACUUUUGUUCCUUGGUUUUACACCAAGUAUCCAGAAACCAAAAGGCUUUAAAGAGCUGUGUGCACCAAAUGCUCCAAACUGGGUUAAAGGAUUGUUCUGGCAAUUCAGUAAAACAAUCCUACGAAGAAACAUCAAGGCAGCCUUGAUUGACCAGAUCUAUAUACCUUCACAGCACCGACAUAUUGUCAAAUUGACAUUUUCUGCUAUCGAACAGCAUUAUUAUCAGAGUCUUUGGGAACAGUGUGCGAGAAGUACUAAUUUACGACACCUUGAUGCGGUCAAUUGGACGCCUACUACUUCUGAUGACGACGCUGCGACUAAUUUUGAAACGUCUGCAGCAGAGUUUCAGCGAACUUAUGCAAAAUUACGAUCAUGGCUACUGGCGCUACGUCAAGCAUGUGAUCAUCCUGCUGUAGGAGCCUCAAAGAAAAGAAUGAUUACUCAAACCGUUCGUACACUUGAUGAAGUAUUAAAUGCACUGCUCGCACAAGCAAGAGACGACGUCGACAACACAUCUUCGACUCUUGUAAAUUCCCAGCUGCGACGAGGUGGUAUGUCUGAAAUCCAGAAAAAGUGGCAAGAGGCGCUUGACAUAUACCUUGGAGCUGUAUCACGAGCGUUGGAAAUGCUUGAUAUGGUCAACAAUAGAAUAUCUGAAGCAAAGUCACGACAAGAACAAGAAGAAAAGGAAAAUGAAAAAACAGCACCCAUUCAACAAGACGAUGCUGUAGCAACACAUCGAUCUACCAUCACAACGAAAACCAGCACGACAGUAGAGGGAUUGAUGCAGCGACAUAUGAAAUGGCUAUCUUAUUUGCAUCGAUUUUACUUUUUCGUCGCUGGUAUCUACCAUGAACUCGAGAAAGGAAAAGAGGAAUCAACGUAUUAUGAUAAGGCAGCAGACGUACGACGUCAAAUCCUCAGCCGUGCUGAAGACCGGGUCACCAUGUCCAAGCGUGAAAUACCUAGAAUUGCAGUUCCUUUUAACAUGAUGAUUGGUCAAGGCCAUCAGGAAGAAACGUUGAUCAUGUCCUUUGAUCGGCUGGAUCGAAUCAAUACUCUAUGUGAUACCCUGGACUCGCAACUGGAGUAUAUCAACAAGUGGCGUACAGCCUUGUCUGAAUUGCUUUGUUCAAAUUUGGUUGAUCAAGGAGGAGGAGAGGGAGAAAAUAGAGAUGUUACAGGUGACGAGUAUGAGACAUCUUUAAUGACUCAGGAGAAACUUGAUCUAUACCAGGAUGCGUAUCAAGCAAUGCUCCGUGAUCGAAACUUUUGGGUGAACGGUGUCUGGGCAACUGGACUGCAAUCAGCCGAGCUAUUCAAUGACCUUGCGAGCAGUACAGAAGCCAAUGAGAUUGUAGUUCUCAAGGCAGAGCUCAGUAGAAUCCGUCAAGAAUAUAUGCCCAAAGCACAUACACAAGAUACUUUGCGAACGGUUGUGACUGAAUUAAAAGGAUAUCUCUCGCGGCCCCAUAUAAAUGAGGUGGAAAAGAGCUUACUGCGGGACGAAUACAACCGUCUCUAUAAAGCCGCUGCUAAACAAAGAGAGCUUCAAGAGCGUUUAGAAAUUGAAUAUCGACGCUUCACUCAACUUUACAACCAUCGAAUCGAAUACUAUCGCAGUUUGCAAGAUUUGUCUGAUCAUGUUCGGGCGUGGGAAAGUCCUCACCCGGCCAUCGAAGCACAACGGUUAUUCUAUGAAGAAGGACAUCACGAGAAAAAGAUUAAGGAACACUCGGCGCGUUGUCGAUAUUUGGAAAAUCUUGUCAAGGAGAAGAACCACGAGGACAAAAAAGAGCGCAACUGUUUGAUCUGUCAAUCUGAUUUUUCCAAAGGAUUGAUGACUUAUUGCGGCCAUAUGUUCUGUCAAGAGUGUGCUACAACAUGGUUCCGUUUGCAUCAUCGGUGUCCUCAAUGUAAUUCACCGGUGAAGUUAUCCGAGUGCUAUGCUAUAGCUUGGGAUACUUCGAAUGAAGGCAAAUCAACUGAUUCAACUGAAGAUGAACAGAAUAAAGGAAACUUGGAUGUGGACCGUGAAAUAUCAAACGAGCUUCUAGCAAAAAUUAGUCAAUGUGCAAUCGAAGAAGGUUUAGGCGCCAAAUUGGAUAGCAUCAUACGACACAUCAAACACAUCAUUAACACAACCAAUGGCAAAUCCGUCGUAUUUUCUCAGUGGAAAGAUGUGCUCAAUCUUUUGGCUGAUGGGCUGAAAAAGAAUGGUAUCAAUUUUGUACAAGUGGAUAAUACGGUACGCGACGAUCGCAUCAAAAAUUUCAUUGAAGAUCCUAGUAUCCAUGUUAUCCUGCUACAUUCACGUAGUCAGUCCAGUGGCUUGACAUUGAUUUGUGCCGAAACUGUUUUUAUUGUUGAACCAGUCUUGAAUGAAGCUCUUGAACGACAAGCUAUCAGUCGUGUUCAUCGUAUUGGACAAAUGAAAGAAACAAACGUUUACUGGUAUAUCAUUCAAGAGACAAUCGAGGAACGAAUCCAUGCCAUAUAUAGUGCGAGACAUAAAAGAAAGAUCCGAAUGGAACAAGAAGGAAGAGACGAUGUGCUAGAUGAAACAGUGCCACUUGCUACACAAUCCGAAGGUGGAGGUGAACGAGUCACUGAUCAAGAUUUACAACGGUGCUUCACUAGUAAUGAAUCAUGGAUUCUGAAUUUGUAA